UGCCCAGUGCCAGCUCCCGGUGCCCAGUCCCAGCUCUCAGUGCCCAAUGCCACUUUCCAGUCCCAGCUCUCAGUCCCAACUUCCGGUGCCCAGGACCAGCUCCCAGUGCCCAAUGCCACUUCCCAGUCCCAGCUCCCAGUGCCCGCCCCCGCUCCUCCCCGCGGUCCCCCCGCCCCGUGCCCGCUCUUCUCGUUCCUGCCGCUGCUCCCGGCUCCUCGGGGUAGAGCGGGGCUCCCGCAGCACCAUGUGGCUGCAGGCGCUGUUCUUCCUCGCCCCCUUUCUCCUCCUCCUCCUCGUCCUCCUCUCCCUCAUGCUCCCGCGGGUCUCGGGCAGCCGCAACCCCUUCGCCACGGAUAGCCGCCGCCCGCCCGCCCCGCUGGUCACCGACAAGGCUGUGCGCAGGACCGUCGUUAAGACAGUGUUCUCGGCGGAGAAGGUGCCCCCGGAGCUCGAUGCCAUCGUGGUAGGCAGCGGCAUCGGUGGCCUGGCAGCCGCGGCACUGCUGGCCAAGGCUGGCUGGCGCGUGCUGGUGCUGGAGCAGCACGGGAAGCUGGGGGGCUGCUGCCACACCUUCACCGAGAAGGGCUUUGAGUUUGACACCGGGAUCCACUAUGUGGGGCAGAUGCAAGAGGGCUCCCUGAUGCGGUUCCUGGUGGACCAGCUGACGGAUGGGCAGCUGGAGUGGGCCCCGCUCCCGGCCACCUACGAUGCCGUGGUUUUGGGGGACCCCCAGGGUGCUGGCAAGACCUUCCACAUCCAUUCUGGGAAGAGGGAAUAUUUCCGGAGGCUGAAGGAGCAGUUCCCUGGUGAGGCGGCGGCCAUCGAUGAGUUCCAGCGGUUGGUUAAGAGUGCCGGCCGCGGGGUUGUGCUGCUGGGGAUCCUGAAGAUGCUCCCGAGGUUCCUGGCCGGGCUCCUGAUCCGCUCCAGGCUGCUUCCACGCCUCUGCUCCUUCUGCCACCUGGCCUCACGCAGCCUCAAGGAGGUGGUGGAUGGUCUCACCCCCAACCCUGAGCUCCGGGCUGUCCUCAGCUACAUCUUCCCCACCUAUGGUGUGCUCCCCUCCAAGGCCAGCUUCUCCAUGCACAGCAUCCUUGUGAACCACUUCCUCCACGGCGCCUGGUACCCCAAGGGUGGGGCGGGGGAAAUCGCCUUCCACACCAUCCCCGUGAUCCGCAAGGCUGGAGGCAACGUGUUUGGGAAGGCGCCGGUGCAGAGGAUCCUGCUGGACGCCCAGGGCAGAGCCUGCGGUGUGAGCGUCAAAAAAGGCCAAGAUUCGGUGGAUAUCUUUGCUCCCGUGAUCAUUUCGGACGCCGGGAUCUUCAACACCUACGAGAGGCUGCUGCCGGCGGAGGCGCGGGCUGUGCCGGAGAUCCAGUCCCAGCUCCACAUGGUGACCCACGGUGAGGGCGGUUUCACUGUCUUCGUUGGCCUCAGCGGCUCGAAGGAAGAGCUGGGGCUGGAGCCCACCAACUACUUCAUGUUCCCAGGGAAUGACCUGGAUGGAAUGAUGACGCACUACCUGGCCUCGUCCAGAGAAGAAGCUGCCAACAACAUCCCUUUGCUCUUUGUCACCUCGCCAUCAGCCAAGGACCCCACCUGGGAAAUGAGGCACCCAGGUAAAUCCACGCUGGCCAUCAUCACCUUCGCCAGGUACGAGUGGUUCGAAGAGUGGAAGGACAAGCAGGUCCACAAGCGGGGGGAUGACUAUGAGGACCUGAAGAAGACUUUUGUGGAUGCCAUCAUGCAGACUGUCUCCAAGCUCUACCCUCGCAUUGAGGGCCGGAUCGAGUACCUCUCGGGUGGGACGCCCCUCACCAACCAGCACUACAUCGCCAGUCCCCACGGGGAGAUCUACGGCGCCGACCACGGCAUCCCCCGCCUGCAGGCCGAGGCCAUUGCCACCGUGCGGGCAGACACGGCUGUGCCCAACCUCUACCUGACAGGGCAGGAUUUGUGCCUGGGGGGUUUCAUGGGAGCCCUGCAAGGAGCCAUCAUCUGCACCAGCACCAUCCUCAAGCGCAACCUCUACGCAGACGUGGCGUGGCUGAAGAUGUGCUUGCAGGCCACCAACUCCAAGAAGGGACACUAAAGCCUGCCAUCCCACCACCAGGGACCCCUGCUCUCCAGCACAUCAUCCCCACCUCGCUCUCAGCUGUCACACACCUGUAGCAGACCCGUCUCUAUGCCAAGCUGAGGGAUUUCAUCCAGGGCGAUGCCAUUCCCAUUCCCAGAGAGAUUGUGCUGGACCUCACCCCCACCAAAAAAAAAUGCAUCCCCUUCCACCAUCGUGUCCAGUGCUGGUCCCUGGCCAUGAAGGGAGUCCCCAAGAGCUGUCGUGGCCAGGAGAGAAGUCAAGAUAAUCCCAAAACAGGUGGCACCAGCAGCUCCCACAGUACCAGCAGCUCCUGUGGCUGCUUGAUCCCAUCAGGAUCACUGACCCCAGCCAAAGCCCACCUCCAUCUGCAGCCCCAGAGCUGUCUGAGAGCAGCAGGCUGUCCAGUGCUUCCAGAGUCAUUUCUGGGAGCAGCAGGACCCCAGCCUCCCAGUAUUCCCAGUGUUUGGGUGCUGCUCUCCCCCAUUGCCCCAAGGCAUCCAUGGCACAAGCUCACACUCCUUUAGCAGCAACAAAGUCCUUCUGUCUGCUGGUAAAAGCUUGGGAACAGGAUGAAAGUCCUCUCCAGAUGGGAAGGGAAGCACGUGAGACUAGAAGUAAUAAAAUAGUGAUCAUGAUCCUAGGA